CGCAUCUCAAAAUUACUUGAGAGAACACGCGACGGGACAACGACAUCGAACCAACACCUCAACAGCUGUUGCGCCUUAUAUGCACAAUUGGCGAGAACCGCUUAAAACCAAGCCCUUUUAGACAGGAUAGAGGAGGAUCAGAGCAUAUACGACAAUGGCUGCGCGCGCGCCUCCGCCGGGACUGCCAGCAAAGGUGGCCUCGGUGCCGCCAAAUCAAACCCUCUACGUCACGAACCUCCCGUCGGCCAAGAUCCAAAAGGAAGACCUGCGGACCGCGCUCUACAUGCUGUUUUCCACGUACGGCUCCGUUCUGGACGUGGUCGCGCUCAAGACGAUGAAGAUGCGCGGUCAGGCACACAUCGUGUACAAGGACAUCCAAACAGCAACCCAGGCGAUGAGAGCACUGAACGGUUUCGAAUUCUUUGGGCGCGAGAUGAAAAUAUCCUACGCCAAGUCAAAGUCCAAUAUCAUCGCAAAGCUCGACGGCACUUUCAAGAUCCCCGCGGCAUCAUCCGCAGCCCGAGUUGAAGUGACCGACCUCCAACAGAGCAUAUUCAAUGCUCCCGUACCUGGCGCCCCCACCACAACAGCGCCCAGCCUCCCGUCCAAGCCGUCGGGUGGCGACCAGCCUAUGACGGAUGCCGCAGCCACCGAGAGUCGCGGAGUCAAGCGGCCGAGAGAGGAGGACAAGGAGGAGGAGCAAGGAGAGGAGAGCGACCAGGACGUGGCGAUGGAGGAAGAGAGCGACGACGAAUGAUACCCCUGCCAUGCUAGCCAGCUAGAACCUAUGAAUGAGAGCUGCGCGGCGCCAUCUCGACGGGUGGGGCUACCAUCGCCAUCUCCGGGGGCACCCACAACCCGACACAGCCUCCGACCAAGCCGAGCCAUACCAUAAGGUAGUUCUCCUUGGAG